ACAGAGUAAAAUCAACGUUUUACGGAAUCGUCUUCAUCUCGGGUUGUUGUCGCUGUGAGAAACUUUAUUGCCGAAGAAGCGCGGAUGUUACAACGAGCCAGUUACAACACAGUGAACGCCGAGCUCACCUGCAGCACGAGGAAUAAUCCCCACCACCACACACACAUUUAAAGGAGUACGAUUGUCAGUGUCUUACACUGUUGAAGUUUUGCUGGUGAAAAUUGCAUUUGAAGAACAAGAGUUUUUCAGCUCCCACCUCACACACCAAACAGGAGGUGAGGACAAUAAACAAGAGGCCAGAAGAUCCACGACAGUCGUAUCCAGGGGGACAAGUUUCACACAGAGUGGAGACACGGGACUCGGCUCUCGCCGCCAUCACGGAGAGGUAUCUUUUUCUCAGCGUAGGAACCAAUGAAACACACCAAGUAUGCAACAAGACAAAUAUUGUGUUUUUGAGAAAAUACAAAAAAUGGUCAUAGUGUAGCUAGAAUAGAAUGCCCUUUAUUGUCAUUAUACUCAAAGUACAACGAGAUCGCUGAGCUUCUCCUUAACAGUGCAAACGUAUAUACAAUGAGGUAUAGGUGUGAGUGUUAAUGUAUGUCACAGGUGUGUUGUAUCGCACAGGAUGGCUUUUCAUAGUAUAGUAAGGUGUCAAAGACACUCAAAAAAAUGUCAGUGUGGGGGGCGCUCGUGAGCAGGCCAUGGAGUAGGUUGUGUUUCUUACUUGCUCUCCCAGCCUUGUUAAAUUUUAAAGAAUAUUUAAAUAAUAUACGCUCGCUUUUUACCCACACUGACGCCGCCGGGUAAUUCAUGAAAAUCUCAACGAUGGUUAAAAACAAGAUAGUGAUAGUUUGUCGAAUGUGCUAGCUAGCGCUAGCUCACCUGGCUCUGUUAGCGCCAGUGAUGGACCUGCAGACACAGCCAUGGAGGUGUAGUAUAAGUUUUGAGUGUGUUUUCAAAUUAAUAUAACAAAAGUGAUGUUGUGUAGUAAAUAAUAUUUAAGACAGUGUCAAAAUAUUGUCACAAUGUUGCUGUACAUUUUUGGUGUAGUGUUUUGUUUUAUCAAUGUUAUUUAGUAUUAUUUUUGUUUCAUGUUUAUUUGUUUGUUUUGUUCAAAGUAUGUGAGUUUUUGUAUAUGUAUGGUUUACAUGUUUGAUUUGUUCUAUUUAUGUAUGUUCUGUUGUUAUUGUAUUUGUUUUAAUGUGUUGUUCCUCUCAACUGUCUUAAUGUGUUUUAUGUUCAUGUGAUCUUCCCAACUGUUUUAAUGCUUUGUUCCUCUCAACUGUCUUAAUUGUGUUCUCUGUACUGUUUUAAUGUGUUGUUGCAAGUGUUUUAUGUUCAUGUGAUCUUCCCAACUGUUUUAAUUGUGUUCUCCCUACUGUCUUUAGCAAGUGUCUUAUAUUGAUGUGUUCUUCCCAACUGUUUUAAUGCUUUGUUCCUCUCAACUGUCUUAAUUGUGUUCUCUCUACUGUCUUGUUGCAAGUGUUUUAUGUUUUCUUCCCACUGUCUUAAUGUGUUGUUGUAAGUGUCUUAUGUUCAUGUGAUCUUUCCAACUGUUUUAAUGCGUUGUUCCUCUCAACUGUCUUAAUUGUGUUCUUCCUACUGUCUUUAGCAAGUGUCUUAUAUUGAUGUGUUCUUCCCAACUGUCUUAAUUGUGUUCUCCCUAUUGUCUUAAUGUGUUGUAACAAGUGUUUUAUGUUUAUGUGGUCUUCCCAACUGUCUUAAUGUGUUGUUGCAAGUGUGUUAUGUUCAUGUGGUCUUCCCACUGUCUUAAUUGUGUUGUUCCUACUGUCUUUAGCAAGUGUCUUAUAUUGAUGUGAUCUUCCCAACUGUUUUAAUGCGUUGUUCUUCUCAACUGUCUUAAUUGUGUUCUCUCUACUGUGUUGUUGCAAGUGUUUUAUGUUUUCUUCCCAACUGUUUUAAUGCGUUGUUCCUGUCUUAAUAAAACAAUUUUUUCAUGGUUCGAGUUGCAACAUGGUCCGAGUUUCACUAGCUCAUUGAGCUGGGUGGUGCCGGGUGGGUUCAGGGUAAAAAAUUUUUAUAUGCAAAUUAAUGAAUGAGUGCAGAGAUGGACUGUGAGGAAGGGCUUGGCAACAUCGCCCAGAAACAGAAGAUCUCAUUCCUGGAGAAUAACUUGGAGCAGCUCACAAAAGUCCACAAGCAGGCCAAAGAGCUGCAGACUCUUCACAACCUCCGCAAACUCUUCGUUCUGGACCUCACCACACGGGUUAAGAAGAGUGCAGAGAUGGACUGUGAGGAAGGGCUUGGCAACAUCGCCCAGAAACAGAAGAUCUCAUUCCUGGAGAAUAACUUGGAGCAGCUCACAAAAGUCCACAAGCAGGCCAAAGAGCUGCAGACUCUUCACAACCUCCGCAAACUCUUCGUUCUGGACCUCACCACACGGGUUAAGAAGAGUGCAGAGAUGGACUGUGAGGAAGGGCUUGGCAACAUCGCCCAGAAACAGAAGAUCUCAUUCCUGGAGAAUAACUUGGAGCAGCUCACAAAAGUCCACAAGCAGGGUCCGAGUUGCAACAUGGCCCGAGUUUCAUACCUACCCCACAAUCAACCUUCCCUGGGCAGUACCGGGUGGGUGCUGGGUCCAGUCGCAAAUUUUUUGAUGUGUUUUAUUAAUUAA